AUGAGCAUGCUGAAACUCAACACAGCUCAUCCCGGCGGCGGCACUUGUUGCUCUUAUAAACUGUUACAAACUAGGAUGGUUUCUCCUUCCCUGGUUUUUUUUUAUUUCCCUUUAAAAUAAACAUCUUGGUUUUUUAAAUUAGAAAAUUGCUUUUCAUGUGUGUGCCAGUGGAAGUUUGAAAAAGAGCAACAUGAUGGUUUAGAGGGGGGGAAAGAAAGCAUUAGAAGUAUCCUUGGUAGAAGGAGGAAUAACGGGACCCUGUCAUUACUUUGUGCUGUGAGGACAACUCCUUGCUGGUGAAGGUCAAAAAUGACAGAUUCAUCUCCUGCUAAUGGAGAAGAGAAGGACCCUGAAAUUGAGCUCUUUGUAAAGGCUGGUGUAGAUGGAGAAAGCAUUGGGAACUGUCCUUUCUCACAGCGUCUCUUCAUGAUACUUUGGCUCAAAGGAGUUGUAUUCAAUGUUACCACAGUGGACCUGAAAAGAAAGCCAGCUGAUCUACAUAACUUAGCUCCUGGGACCCACCCGCCAUUCCUGACGUUUAAUGGGGAAGUAAAGACAGAUAUCAAUAAAAUUGAAGAAUUUCUGGAGGAAACCCUUUCGCCUCCCAAGUAUCCCAAGCUUGCGGCUAAGCACCGUGAAUCAAACACUGCAGGCAUCGAUAUAUUCUCUAAAUUCUCUGCAUACAUCAAAAACACAAAGCAGCAGGACAAUGCCAGUCUGGAGAGAGGUUUAACAAAAGCUCUAAAGAAGCUGGAUGACUAUCUGAGAAACCCUUUGCCAGAAGAGAUUGAUGCAGGUAGCACAGAGGAGGAGAAAGUGUCAAAGCGCAGGUUUCUGGAUGGGGAUGACCUGACUCUUGCUGACUGCAACCUUCUGCCCAAGCUCCAUGUUGUCAAGAUUGUAUCAAAGAAGUAUCGGAACUAUGAGUUCCCACUGGAGAUGACAGGACUUUGGCGAUAUCUGAAAAAUGCUUAUGCUCGGGAUGAAUUUAUCAACACCUGUGCCGCAGACAAAGAAAUUGAACUAGCUUAUGCAGAUGUAGCAAAGCGGCUUAACAAAUCCUAAUCAAAACCUUCUCAAAUAUCCUUUUCAAUGAUGCCUUCAAGUGUGUAUGCACACACAGAGAAACAUAUGGGUGUUAUAUAUCAUUAUAUAUCAUUCUAUAUCACUGUGUUCUCUGGGUAACAUUUUAGAGUGGUUUCUAAUAAUCUCCCCAAAUUGAGAGAAUGGCUUCAAUUCCCACUGUACUCCUGCAGUUUUCAAAACCUGCUCUGUGGGACUGGAGGAUCCUCCUGAGCAGAUUUUUU